CCGCGCGCGGCGUGGAUCGCGGCCCGAGCCGCCAUUGUUCCGCCAAGGGACGACGGCGGGGCCUGGCACUGGCGCCGAGACGCCGCUUAGCGGCCGCCACUGGAGACACUUCCUCCCGCCGCCCCCCUCCUUCUGGCGGCGGCGGAGUGAGGCUGGCUAGGGGGAACUGGGAGCCCCCUCUCCUGGCGGCGGCAGCUGCCGAUCCCCGGCUCCGGCGCGAGGGGCGGCCGCGAUGCGCUCCGCCUGAGACAGUCCGGCCCGGCCCUUCUUCGCCUCCCUUGACUCUUACACAGCGUCUGUGCGCCCCAGCGUCAUCCUGCGAGUCUCGCUGACGGAGGGAAGAUGGCUGCACAGAGCUGGCAGGACGAGCUGGCCCGGCAGGCCGAGGAGGGCUCGGCUCGGCUGCGGGAAAUGCUUUCGGUUGGCCUAGGCUUUCUGCGCACCGAGCUGGGCCUCGACCUGGGGCUGGAGCCGAAGCGGUACCCGGGCUGGGUAAUCCUGGUGGGCACCGGCGCGCUGGGGCUGCUGCUGCUUCUCCUGCUCUGCUACGGCUGGGCCGCGGCUUGCGCCGGCGCCCGAAAAAAGCGGAGGAGCCCGCCCCGCAAGCGGGAGGAGGCGGCGGCGGUGCCGGCCCCGGCCCCUGACGAUCUAGCCCUAUUGAAGAAUCUUAGGAGCGAGGAACAGAAGAAGAAAAACCGGAAGAAGUUGCCCGAGAAGCCCAAACCAAAUGGACGGACUGUUGAAGUGGCUGACGAGGAAGCUGUCCAAACUCCUCGAAGUAUUACAGCAAAGCAGCCCUUAGAGACAGAUAAGAAAAAUGAAAAGUCAAAGAAAAAUAAGAAGAAAUCAAAGUCAGAUGCUAAAGCAGUGCAAAACAGUUCACGCCAUGAUGGAAAGGAAGUUGAUGAAGGAGCCUGGGAAACUAAAAUUAGUCACAGAGAGAAACGACAGCAGCGUAAACGUGAUAAGGUGCAGACUGAUUCUGGUUCAUUGGAUUCAACUAUCCCUGGGAUAGAAAAUACCAUCACAGUUCCCACCGAGCAACUUACAACUGCAUCAUUUCCUGUUGGUUCCAAGAAGAAUAAAGGUGAUUCUCAUCUAAAUGUUCAAGUUAGCAACUUUAAGUCUGGAAAAGGAGAUUCUACACUUCAGGUUCCUUCAGGAUUGAACGAAAACCUCACUGUAAAUGGAGGAGGCUGGAAUGAAAAGUCUGUAAAACUCUCCUCACAGAUCAGUGCAGGUGAGGAGAAGUGGAAUUCUGUUUCACCUGCUUCUGUAGGCAAGAGGAAAAGUGAGCCAUCUGCCUGGGGUCAAGACACUGGAGAUGCUAAUGUAAAUGGAAAAGACUGGGGAAGGAGUUGGAGUGACCGUUCAAUAUUUUCUGGCAUUGCUGCUUGGUCUAGUGUGGAUAGGGGAAUGAAUACCUCUGAACAGAAUUCUUCUUUUGCAUCUCUCACACUUAACUCUGCUGUUUCUGGGUCUACUGCUGAGCCAGUUUCUCAUUCUACCACUUCUGAUUAUCAGUGGGAUGUUAGCCGUAAUCAACCCUAUAUCGAUGAUGAAUGGUCUGGGUUAAAUGGUCUGUCUUCUGCUGAUCCCAGCUCUGAUUGGAAUGCACCAGCAGAAGAGUGGGGAAAUUGGGUAGAUGAAGAAAGAGCUUCACUUCUAAAGUCCCAGGAACCAAUUCCUGAUGAUCAAAAAGUUUCAGAUGAUGAUAAAGAAAAGGGAGAGGGAGCUCUUCCAACUGGGAAAUCUAAAAAGAAAAAAAAGAAAAAGAAGAAGCAAGGUGAAGAUAACUCUCCAGCACAGGACACAGAAGAAUUAGAAAAAGAGAUUAGGGAAGAGCUUCCAGUGAAUACCUCAAAAGUCCGUCCAAAACAGGAAAAAGCUUUUUCUUUGAAGACCAUAAGCACUAGUGAUCCAGCUGAAGCACUCAUCAAAAAUAGCCAGCCUAUCAAGACUCUUCCACCUGCUAUUUCUCCCGAGCCAUCUGUUCUUUUAUCAAAAAGUGAUUCUGACAAGAGUUCGUCCCAAGUGCCACCGAUGCUACAAGAGACAGAUAAAUCCAAGUCAAAUACUAAGCAAAAUAGUGUGCCUCCUUCACAGACCAAGUCUGAAACUAGCUGGGAAUCUCCCAAACAAAUAAAAAAGAAGAAAAAAGCCAGACGGGAAACGUGAAUAUAUUUUUCCUGAAUUGGACAUGUGUUUUCAAACACUGUCUGGAAGAUUAUGCUGUUUAUGCAAUAAUUUGUGAACAUGUACAGAGUUUUAUAUAAAUUCAAACCAAUUUUUAGAACAAAACUGUGAACACAACCACCGUAAAAAUGGAAUCAAAGGAAAGUUAAUUUAUGAAAUUCAGAGGUCAGCAGAAUAUACUCCAGUGCUGGAAGACACUUGGGGAAAGUCUUUUCAAUUGAACGAGAACGAUCUUAAUUUAAGAAUAUUAUCCUGGUUUUACAGCAGUGCCCUGUUUACAACAGCUUGUGCCCUGUCUCAUCUGCAGCUGAGGAAUAAAGGAUUCUGAUUAGAGAGAGAGCUGCCUGCGGGUGCGUAGGCAGCAUCUGCGAUCUUUAUGCACGGAACUUAAACCAUUUGAAUCUGUUUUAUGCUUAAAUCAAAGUGCUUUGAUCAAAUGCAUAAUCUGCCAUAUCUUUACAUAUAUGUUGGUAGCAAUUUGUAUUAAAGGAAUCACAAGUGCAAAUAAAAGGUCACUUACCAUUUGUUAACUAAACUCCUGGUUUAGUUUACAGUUUUUAAAAAGUUCUUAAUUAAAAACAUUGAACAUGCAGUUGAUGCUUGUAUGGCUUAUGAAGUUAUUUUUGAUAGUCUUACAUUACUUGAAUUGUUCAAAGUUCAGUAUAUUUUAAAUUAAGAAAGGUAAACUAUAUGUAUUUGUUUUAUACUUUUAAGGUUCAGACUCACAAAUAAUGCUCUUGUUUAGAAUUUGAAAACUUUCAGGCAAAAUGCAACUUAACAUUUCUCCCUUUCCCUAGCAGUUUCUUUUUCCAACGUCAGCUCUUCUCUUCAUUGCUAAUACUUCUUCAACUUUAAAAAUGAAAUCUUUCACAGAUUAGUUACACAGACAGAACUUUGAGUAUACGAUGGAGAAUGAAAAACUAGAGUCGGACAGCUUUAAUUGACAUUGUCAAGACCUCCAGUUAUCAGGAAUACAUUUUUUUACUGCCUUAACCUAUAGUGCGUAGAAUAUGCAUCAAUUUCUUGAGGGGGAUUCGUGUUUUUAUAAGAAUUUUCAUGUAAUUAUUGCAAUUGUGGUCAAAUAAGGAACGUUUUCUGCUUGAAACUAUUGAUUUAAAUGACGUGUGAGAUGUUUCACCAUUUUCAGGCACUGUGUAAUUCUAUUGUAAUAAACUGGCAGGUAUCUUUGUAACUAUAAAUAGUGCAUGCUCAGCCAUGUACACUGUAAAUAGCCUUUACCAAACGUGUUUGACAAGGACCAUAAUUAACAUCACUUAGUGAAUUGUGAUAAAGAAAAAAAGCCAUGAUUUAUUUGAUGUGAUUGGCUUGUUUUUACGUGGCGCCAAGAAUGAAACUGUUUAACAGCUGUAACCAAUGGUACUGAUCUGUCCAUCCAAUCUUGUCUUUUAUUAGAUCUGAUUGUGGUUUGAUAGUAUUGCAUUGUCACGCUAGGAAAGCUAAAGAAACACAAUGGUUUUAGUAACUGCUGAAGACUGGCCUUAUUAAUGGACAGCUUUCCUAACAAGCGAUUAUUAACUUUUAUCAGGUGUUACCAUCUGUUUCAGGAACACGGCAGUAUGUUUACAUGUCAGAAGUCUUGUUUCAUUCUAUGAGAUUUCUAAAUUGAUUUGUUUAAAUAAAUUCAGCAAAUGGAUAGCAUUGUGUUUAUUUGCUUCAAUAUUGGGGUAAAUAAGCUCAACUGCCAGGAAUUCAUUUCUUCAAAUGACUUUAUUCUGUGAGCUUUACAUAGAUGUUUCCUAAAUAGAUCAAGGAUUCCUGAAGUUGCCAGCACUUUGUAAAGGUGUCACAGAGAGUUUGAGAAGGAGUCUGUAUAAUUUUAGAAUGUGCCAAAAGAUCUAUGCUCAGAAAAUUCAGUUGAACUCUCUCAACUCUACCUCACCAUUUCUUUAUCUUAGAAUUUUGUUGGCUGUGUCAAAUGUUGGGCUUUGUUUCUCUGGCUCAGUAUCUCCCAGACAGCCACCGACAGUGGAUGUUAGGGACACUGUCUUUUGAGGAGAGAUCUAGUGUGGAGAUGGAGAAGUGCAUUGCUAAAUGGGUGGAUCCGAUGUGGCGAUGUCUCUUGUCUUUCCAGCUCAAGAGCGAGGACGUGGAUUUUAUGUUUUAAGAGAUGGCAGCUAUGAGUGAUAAAAUUAAUUUUUUUUCACAUGCAUGAGAUGAAAACUCUUGCACAAUUAAAGUGUCAUUGUUCAUUGCUCUUUACCUGUUCCAGAAGAUCUUGGUAUGGCAUUAAAUCAGUUUCUGGAAUCUGAACACAGGAACUUUUGUCCAUCAUCAACCUUAGAAGGCACUAAAAUGAAGGUAGCAGUUCACGGAAGAGGGGAGACAGAGGAACCUAUUGUCCUUUGGAGACUCGCAUUAGAUGCUCCCCAGACUGUCAGUAGGGAGAUAACUGACUCCUUUAGGCUUCAUCAGGCCUGAAGGGGAACCUGGUUCUAAUUAGCAGACGAGGCCUCCUCGGAGAACCUGCUUAGAAAUCUCCCUAAUCCUGACCUGUCUCCUCAGACUUACUGAAAAUCCUUCCCUAUUCUGGAGUGGGGUUUAGGAUUUCCCCAGACUGGAAUCCUACCUAUCUGUACCCCAGAUUGAGCAAAACAAUAGUUGAGAGAGUCCAAAAAAAAAAAGUGUUGAAAUAACAUGUCGUUAAUGUAAUUUACCAUGUUUACUUUGUGCAUGCAUUUUGGGGGUGGGGGAAGCAGUGGAAAUAAUUUAUCCAAAUCUAAUGGUAUUAUUUCACAGGCUAAUCCAGUUUGUAUUUGGGUUAAAGAUAAUUGAAAGGCAAUAUUUACAGAGUUUAAUUUUUCUUAAUUAAAAACAGUCCUCUGUUAAUGUAGUGUGAAAUAUCUUUCAAAAUUGAGAAUUUAGGUUUAAGAUGUCUAAGAGAUGUCUUAAGACUUUUCUGUAAACUCAUUGCACAAACUGGAAUUACUUUCCAAAAGACUUAGGGAAUGCAAAUAUGUUAUUUGUAAAAUGCAUUGAGUAUUGUAAAUAAAACAAACCAUUUUUGUUUUGUUUAAA